AUGACCAAUUCUGCACAGGCUGAGCCUCUCAAGUGCUCAAGCGAUAACAAUGGAGUUCCUGGGGAAGCGUCGGCAUCGAUUACUCUCGAUGGGCAAAGUACCAAUCCUACAGACUCGGAUCAGGCUGAAGACCGUCACGAUGAAGCCGAGAAACAAAAUGAAUCGCCUCAGCAAUCGGUCUCAUUAGCCAACUACUUUAGGAUUCUGUCUUAUACCAACAGAAGAGACCGCAUCGUACUGGCUGUGGGAGUCCUCAGCUCAAUCGGUUCGGGAGUGCCUCUACCUAUAAUGAAUAUUGUAUUCGGUGGUCUGGUGGGGGAAUUCACGGAAUAUUUCACGCCGGGGAGCUCGGUAUCGGAGAGCGAUUUCAAGUCCCAGGUGAGCCAGCUGAGCUUGUAUAUUGUAUACCUGUUCAUCGCCAAAUUUGGUCUCACGUAUUUCGCGAUGCUCUGUUUCCGUAUCACGGGCCUUCGCGUAUCGGCUUCGCUACGUCUAGAAUACAUGGAGUCCCUCUUCUCCCAACCGAUUAGCAAAGUCGAUCAACUGUCCGUAGGAAGCGUCACGAACACCAUAACCACGCUGUCCAACAGCAUCCAACAGAGUGUCGCCGACAAGCUAGCCAUUCUCAUCCAGUCGCUCACCCUACUGCUUACAGCCUACAUCAUCGCGUUUACCUACUCGUGGGCUCUAACUCUCGUCACCAGUGCAUCACUUCUAUUUAUCUUAAUCGCACUCAGUCUAAACCUUCCGCUCAUCACGAAAACCCAACAACAGGUUGACAAAGCGGACGAGAAACACUCGUCGAUCUCCGGAGAAGUGCUAAGUUCUAUCCGAACGGUCUGUUCGCUGGGUGCGGAGGGCCCCUUGUCGGCCAAAUAUGGUGCCUGGGUGCGGGAGUCACGCCUUUGCGGCCAACGCAUGGCUGUCUUUCUGGGUAUUAACUUGACGUGUAUCUUUUUCGCCAUGUACUGCAGCUACUCCUUGGCUUUUUGGUUUGGGUUGAAACUGUUCCGCGAGGGGCAUAUCUCGAAAAUUAACACCGUGAUCAUCGUCUUCUUCUCGAUCAUGCUCGUGGUCAGCAUUCUCGGAUCGAUCGCAUCGCCGCUAAUGAUCAUCACUAAGGCCGUUAGCGCAUCCGCCUCUUUUUUCGAAAUCAUGGACGCCCAGAAAGUAGACACUUCGGGUCUCCGUGAACCCGAGGUCUCGGCUCAGGUGGAUAUUGUUUUUCGAGAUGCACAUUUCUCGUACCCCACGCGGUCUGAAGUCCCAGUCCUUAAGGGCCUGAACACUCGUUUCGAACAGGGCAAGACGACGGCGUUGGUUGGACCGUCAGGGUCGGGAAAGAGUACGAUUGUCGCGUUGGUCGAACGGUGGUACCAAUUAGAUUCGGAUGACGAGCAACAAGGAUCUAUUCUCGUCGGUGAUCAUAAUAUUAACAGUCUAGACUUGAAGUGGUGGCGUUCGCAAAUCGGCCUCGUGCAGCAGGAACCUUUCCUUUUUAAUAACAGCAUUUUCGAUAAUGUCGCCUUCGGUCUUAUCGGUACGAAAUGGGAGCACGAGUCGAUUGAAGUAAAAAAGCAGCUUGUCGAAGAGGCGUGUCGGGAGGCAUUUGCCGAGGAAUUCAUCCUUCGUCUGCCAGAGGGUUAUGACACGGAAGUUGGGGAGAGCGGCAUCAAACUUAGUGGCGGUCAGCGCCAGCGAUUAGCGAUCGCGCGAAGCAUCAUCAAACAACCCGCAAUUUUGAUCCUAGACGAGGCAACGAGCGCGAUCGACGUGCGUGGCGAAAGAAUCGUCCAAGCUGCUCUCGAGAGGGUAUCCCAGAACCGAACGACCAUCGUCAUCGCUCAUAGACUCUCCACCGUCCAACAGGCCGAUCACAUCGUGGUCAUGAAGGCCGGUGUCAGUGUUGAACAAGGCACUCACGACGAGCUUCUGACCAUUGAAAACGGCGUGUACAGCGGUCUUGUGAACGCGCAGCAACUCGAACUCGCAACGGAGGCGGAUACCGACUCGACGGAAAGCUUGCACGAGUUGAAAGAAGAAGCCACCGCUAGAACCUUGUCCGUGCAUGAAGAUGAGCGCAAAGGGGUCAACGCAGACGAGACAAAGUCCAAGGGUUUCUUUGGGACAAUUGGUUUGAUGCUUUAUGAACAGCGUACUCUCUGGCCAUAUUACAUCCUGACUUUGAUCGCCUGCAUGGGGGCUGGAGGUGCAUAUGCUCUCCAAAGCUGGCUCUUUGCUAAAUUACUCGAGGUGUUUCAGUUCAGGGGCCAGAAACUGGCCGAUGCUGCUAACUUUUGGGCCUUGAUGUUUUUCAUUCUCGCUCUUGCCAUUGGCGUUUUCUACUUCUUCCUGGGUUUUGCUUCUCAUAUGUGCUCCAUGAAAGUUUGCGCCACCUACCGCAUGGAGUAUUUCCAGAACACACUACAAAAGCCGAUGUCGUUCUAUGACUUGGAUGAGAACGCUUCUGGAUCUCUCAUGGGCAGAUUAACCACCGACCCUAAGCAGCUGCAAGAAAUUAUCGGCAUGAACGGCGCCCUGCCCGUGGUUUCUAUCUUCAACAUUCUCGGUUGCGUUGCCAUUGCUUUCUCAUUUGGUUGGAAGCUGAGUCUCGUGGCGGUUUUUGCCGCCUUGCCGGUCAUCUUCUUCGCUGCGUAUAUGCGCAUUCGGUUUGAGGUGCAGUUUGAGGCGAUGAAUGCGAAGGUUUAUAACGGUAGCUCGCAGUUUGCAGCGGAGGCUAUCGGAGCAUUCCGAACCGUCUCGUCGUUGACGAUGGAAGAUACUAUUCUCGGUCGGUACGCAGAUCUUCUGCGAGAUCAGCAGAAAAAGGCUUUUAAUAAGGCUUGGUAUGCGACGUUGGUUUUUGCUUUCUCGGAUAGUAUUGAGCUUUGUGCGAUGGCGCUGACGUUCUGGUACGGAGGCCAGCUUCUUGCGUCCAGAGAAUACGAGCCAACCACCUUCUUCGUCAUCUACAUGGGUAUCGUCCAGAGCGGUCAACAAGCCGGUCAAUUCUUCAGUUACGGGUCGAAUUACGCACAUGGCAUCGCAUCCGCAAAUCGUAUCUUGAAAUCUCGCCUGGGCAUUCAAUCGCAGGACCAUUCUACCGAUGAAAAACAAAGCGAGGGUUUGAACAACGAUGUCGGAGCGAGCAUAGAGCUGCGCAACGUCGCAUUCAAGUACCCCACGCGCGAUACCCCUCUCUUCACCGGCUUGAACGUCGACAUCAAAAGCGGCCAAUUUGUCGCCUUCGUAGGCCCAUCUGGCUGCGGCAAAACGUCCGUCAUCUCCCUCUUAGAGAGAUUCUACGAUCCUAUCCGAGGUUCCAUCCUCAUGAACGGCCACGAUAUCUCAUCCAUCGACCUAGCAUCCUACCGCCACGCACUCUCCCUCGUGGCACAAGAGCCUAAGCUCUUCGAAGGCAGUAUCCGCGAGAACAUCACCCUCGGCCUCAAGGACGACGACUUCACCGAUGACGAAAUCAUCCAGGUCUGCAAAGACGCUGAAAUCCACGACUUCAUCACCUCCCUUCCACAAAGCUACUCCACGGACCUCGGCGUCAAGGCGCAAGCAUCGAUGAGUGGUGGCCAACGUCAGCGGCUCUGCAUCGCGCGCGCGUUACUGCGUAAACCAACUCUUCUGCUUCUAGAUGAGGCGACGUCGAGUUUGGACUCGCAGUCCGAGAAGACCGUGCAGGCCGCUAUUGAGAAUCUGGCGGGGAAGAAGAAUAUGACGAUUGUGGCUGUUGCGCACCGGCUUGCGACGAUCCAAAAGGCGGACACGAUCUUUGUCUUUGGGGAGGGGCAACCGGGGAGGGGUUCUGGGGUUGUUGAGUAUGGUACUCAUCAGGAGUUGCUGAGGAGGAGGGGGACUUAUUGGCAGAUGUGUCAGGAACAAGCGUUGGAUCGAUAGAUUAUACCAAUGAUCACCACAACGGUUUAAUAUUCUUAAUUAAUAUGGUUGUAUAUCCCUUAAAAGCUCUGCAUACACACCAUGGCGUGUUAGAAAUGAUAUUAUUCGAAUGGAAAGCUCCAAAUACCUUCA